AUAGUUCAAACCCCCUAAACAUAAUAAUCUGAAAUUAGCGUCUUCUCCAUGGUAUCUUGUGACAUGCCAUAUUGUUUCAACAACAUGAUGGAGCCAUGUUUCUUGCUUUCUCUUUUCAUCAUCAUAUGCUUCUCUUUUCACCCGUACAAUUCCCAUGCAGCUUUGAUUUCAAUCACUGCAAACCAAUCUCUCAGUGGUGAUCAAACACUUGUCUCCAAAGAUGAAAAAUUUGAAUUGGGUUUCUUCAAACCAGGUAACUCCUCUAACUACUACAUAGGAAUGUGGUACAAAAAAAGAGUCCCAGAAAGAACCAUUGUUUGGGUAGCAAAUAGAGAUAACCCAGUUUCUGAUAAAAAUUCUGCAAAGUUGACAAUAUCUAAGGGUAAUUUAGUACUCUUGGAUCAGUCUCAAAAUCAAGUUUGGUCAACAAAUUUGAAUUCUCCAAACUUAGAUUCUAUAGUAGCUGUGCUUCUAGAUAAUGGGAAUCUUAUACUGAGUGAUAGGCCUAAUCCAUCAGAAUCAAAUUCUCUAUGGCAAAGUUUUGAUCAUCCAACAGAUACAUUCCUUCCUGGAGCCAAACUUAAGCUUGACAAAAAAACUGGUAAACCUCAGUACCUAACUUCUUGGAAGAACACUCAAGAUCCUGGAACAGGAUUGUUCUCUUUGGAACUAGACCCUAAAGAAAGCAACGCUUACUUGAUCCUUUGGAACAAAACUGAAGAAUAUUGGACUAGUGGAGCUUGGAAUGGUCAAAUUUUCAGCGGGGUGCCUGAAAUGAGGUUGAAUUAUAUCUACAAUUUCUCCUUCCAUGAUGAACCUGAUGAGGCUUACUUCACUUACACGGUAUAUAACUCUUCGAUUCUUUCGCGGUUUGUGAUGGAUGUCUCUGGGCAGAUCAAGCAGCUUUCAUGGCUGGACAGUAGACAGAAUUGGAACUUGUUUUGGUCUGAGCCAAGAACGCCGUGUGAGGUUUACUCGUUCUGUGGCGUGUAUGGGAGUUGUACUGAGAACUCUAUGCCAUUCUGCAGUUGCUUGACUGGUUAUGAGCCAGGUAAUCCAUCUGACUGGUACCUAGACGAUUACUCAAGUGGAUGCAAGAGAAGAACAAAGUUCCAAUGCGAGACGGCGAAUCCUAAUGGUGGUGCAAAGGACAGGUUUAUGGCAUUUCCAAACAUGGCAUUGCCUUCACCUGCACAACAUGUAAGUGCUGGGGAUGCAGAGGAAUGCGCUUCAACUUGCUUAGAGGACUGUUCUUGCACAGCAUAUGCAUAUGGUAAUAAAGGUUGUGUAAUUUGGAAUGGUGACCUCUUGAAUUUGCAGCAGCUUUCUCAAGAUGAUAGUAACGGAGAAACCAUGUUUCUCAAGCUUGCAGCAUCUGAAUUUGAUGAUCCUAAGAGCAGCAAGAGGAGAACCAUUGGUGCUGUUGCAGGUGCUGUUGGUGGCAUGGUGAUUGUCCUAGCACUUACUCUAUUUGCCUUGGUGAGGAGAAGGAGACAAGUUCAAUCAGGAACGUUGGUUGAAGGCUCAUUGAAGACAUUUGGAUACAGAGAUUUGCAAAUUGCUACAAUGAAUUUCUCGGAUAAAUUGGGAGGAGGAAGUUUUGGUUCUGUCUUCAAGGGGACACUGCCAGAUUCAAGUGUCAUAGCAGUGAAGAUGCUCGAAAACAUUAGCCAAAGUGAGAAACAGUUCCGGACAGAAGUGAGCACAAUUGGGAUAGUCCAGCAUAUCAAUCUGGUUAGGCUCCGUGGAUUCUGUUCCGAAGGUACUAGAAAACUUCUAGUCUAUGAUUACAUGCCAAAUGGCUCCUUGGAUUCAAACUUGUUUCAUGAGAAGGGAUUCAAGUCCAAGGUGUUGGAAUGGAAAGAAAGGUACCAAAUUGCUCUUGGGACAGCUAGAGGACUGGCUUAUCUCCAUGAGAAGUGUAGAGACUGCAUCAUACAUUGCGAUGUGAAGCCGGAAAACAUUCUUUUAGAUGCUGAUUUUUGUCCAAAAGUGGCACAUUUUGGCCUUGCAAAGCUGGUUGGAAGGGAAGUUGGCCAGGUCCUAACAACCAUGAGAGGAACAAGGGGAUACCUCGCGCCAGAAUGGAAUUCUGGGGUGCCUGUAACUGCCAAAGCCGAUGUCUAUAGCUAUGGAAUGAUGCUGUUCGAGUUUGUGUCCGGUAAGAGGAACUCAGAUCCCCCAGAAGAUGGACAAGUUAGGUUCUUCCCUGCAUGGGCUGCAAAAACAGCAAGCGAAGGCGGCAAUGUGCUUAGCCUUUUGGAUCCAAAGUUGAAGGGAAAUGCUAACAUCCAAGAGGUCAUUCAAGUCAUCAAAAUCGCUUCUUGGUGUGUCCAAGACGAUGAGACUCAUAGGCCAUCCAUGAGUCAGGUAGUUCACAUCCUUGAUGGUGUGUUGGAUGUGGCUUUUCCUCCUGUGCCAAUAUUCCUACAAGCCUUUCUUGAGAACCAAGAAACUACGGUUUUCUUCAUUGAAUCAGGCUCUAAUCAGAGUUCACAUAUGAAAAGCUCCACAACCUCCUCUUAGGCCAAGGGAAAUGCUAUGAAACAUGAACUUUUCAGUUGUAAUAUGAAUAUGAAUGUAAACUUUGCCAUUGGAAUGAAUGUUAUAUCAUAUAUGAAUGCCUGUGAAUCUCUGAUAUUUUGCAAUCUCUUUACCAUGUAUCAA